AUGUGCAUAUCGCCCUCCGAUUCAAGCUCAACAUUAUCACAAACAAAGCCUUACAAACCAAAAUACCAAAUGGAAACCCAAUAUUGCGAAAAGUCAACUCCAGCCUCGUCCAAGCAUGGUCCGGACGUCGACAUACUGAACGUGCGAUCGAGCUUCAACGAGAAAUUGAUGCGGAUUGAAGCCGAACCUCGCGAUUUCGUCUAUGUUUAUGACUACAUCAUUAAUUGCAACGCUGAUAGGGAAGGAACAGGACAUCAACAUAUUGACCAAGUAACAAUACCAUACUCAAUGCGCAGUGUACCUAUCAAGACAGGCACAGGAGGUUUUGGUGGUGGUCACACUGUCGUUGCUAGGGUGCAUGUCAAUAUGGCAUUGAGGGUUCAGCGGUGGCUUGGUAUGCAGAAGCAGUUGUAUAUCGUGGAUGCGAUAAAGGGAUGA